AUGCGAGUAUCUGAAGUACACGCGGGACCCAACAACAGCGAGAUCGCCAUUUAUGCCAGACUGCUCAUACCGGGCCGCGGGAAGCCUCUCCCUAAUGCCGUAGUGGGCAUCUCGGUGGUAGACAAAACAAUCACACACGUGGGACCGCAGCAUGACUUACCACAUCGAUUGUCCAAUGCACCUCGCUUCCAAGUUGGCUAUUUGCUCCCUGGAUUGUGGGACUGCCACACGCACUUUGCAGGCGUGACGAAAGUGGACUUCCCGAGCAUGAUUCAGACGCAUCCAGCCACUUGCGGCGCCGCCAUAGCCCGCGGCUUUCACGAUACGUUGAUGGCGGGCUUUACCAGCGUGCGCGACGUAGGCUCUUUCGCCAUCGAGGCUCACGUGGCUGUUCAGGCAGGACUACUUCUAGGUCCCAACGUCUUUGGAUCUGGAGGCUGCAUAGGCAUCACCGGUGGCAGCAGCGAUGCCACAAACCUCCCGCUAGACUGGGUCUACGCCACCCAGGGCGUGCAUCACACAAAGCCGUGGCCGGGGACAAGCAGUCUCGUGAUAGCCGACGGUGCCGACGAAUGUCGCCGGGCGGUGCGGCAGCAAAUCAGGCGUGGUGCCUCGUGCAUCAAGGUGAUUACAACGGGCGGUGUAAUGUCGACUACCGAUGAUCCACAAUACCGACAGUACUCUGAUGCAGAGCUCCAUGCCGUCAUGGAUGAAGCCAAAUUGCAAGGAAGGGCCGUGGCAGCACACGCUCACGGCAAGGCUGGCAUUCUUGCUGCUGUGCGAGCUGGUGCCCGUACCAUCGAGCACGGAAGCUACUUGGACGAGGAGGUGGCUUCGCUUAUGAAGAAGUACGACUGCAUUCUAGUGGCUACUCGCCAUAUUGUCGAGGCUGGCCUUCGAAGACUGGAUAGGAUGCCUCCACAAACUGCUGCCAAGAUGGUAGCUAUAUCAGCACAGCACCUGGAAGCUUACAAACUAGCAGUAAGAUCAGGUGUGCGGAUCGCCUUGGGCACAGAUAUCUGCAGUUCCAACGUCGCCGAGGAGAUCUCCCACGGGAAAAACGGCCACGAGCUCGUCUGGGCUGUCACAAAAGCAGGCAUGUCACCGCUGUCAGCCAUUGAAGCUGCCACUGCUACCGCCGCCGAGACUCUAGGUCCGCAGACGCCGAAGAAGGGCUUGGUUAAAGUCGGGUGGGAUGCCGACUUGAUUGCCCUAGACGAAAACCCUUUGGAAUGUAUUGGUGUAUUAGCUGAGCCCAAAAACAUCAAAUUCAUCUGGCAAGGGGCAAAGCUGGUCAAAUCCCCCAAUGACUCAUUCUGGCCUCCUUCGCUGGAUGACUUGGUAGGCUGGAACAUGAUUGAACGGGCCGAAUGUGCUGGUUGUGGUCAAAGCCAUUAA